AUGGACAAAUGCGGGAUAUGUCUUAAACCUGCCGUUCAACUGUUUGAGACAGGAAAAGAUGGCAUAUAUGCAUGCUUUAAGUGUCAACCACUUGUGCCUGAAGUGACCAUAGGAGAAAAUAGCACUGAACAACCACAUGCUUCUAGCACCAACAGUGAGGAGGAGGCAGACCCAUCAUUGUAUUGUGGGAUUUGUCACAAGUCUUUUCAAAAAAAUAUACAAUUGCAGAACCACUUACGCAACCAUCGUGCAGAGAGACGCUUUGUUUGCACCUACUGCAAUAAAGCAUUCUCUCAAUCCAACAACUUGAGGGCGCAUCUCCGCAUCCACACAAAUGAACGACCAUUCAAGUGCUCUGAAUGUGGCAAAGCAUUUACACAGGUCACAAACCUAAAUAAUCACGUUCGACUUCACACUGGAGAGCGGCCAUUUGUUUGCCCAGAACCUGGCUGUAAUAAGGCUUAUGCACAGGUAACGAAUCUGAACCAACAUCGUAAACGUCACUUGAACGGACGACCCGUCGAGUCAACGUACGACUGUACCGUGUGCGGCGAGCAGUUUCAACAACGGAACCAUAUGUAUAAACAUAGAAGAGAAGUCCACUCGGAGACGUCGGGGCGCGUGGUGUCGUGGCGCCACGCGUGCCCGGAGUGCCCGCGCACGUUCCCGUCGGAGCGCCACGUGCAGCGCCACGCGGCGCAGGCGCACCUGGCGCCGCCCGACGCGCGCACGGAGAGCGGCCGCACCUACACGUGCGUGUUCUCCACGUGCGGCGCGCGCCUGGGCUCGGCGCGCGAGCACACGGAGCACCUGCUGCGCCAGCACCAGCUGCGCGUCAUGGCGCACGCGCACCACCCGCCGCGCCGCGGCCGCCCGCCCAAGAUGUUGAAAGAUCCUUUGGAGAUAAAAGAAAAUGCAGAAUUUCACGAGGUUAAAAUCACGAAGCAAACGCCGCAAUAUUUGCCGAAACUCAAAGUGCAGAGUUUAUUCCAAUGA